ACUACAAUCUAGACAAGAAUAUAAAGAUACUGCAAAGAUAUUGAAAAAAUUCUAUGGAAUACUUGCAAAAUAUGAUCUUUCAAAAAGUUCACUUUUUGUCAACGAAUCUAAGCGAUACAGCACGAAAAGCACUCACAGUGAAUCCGGACACAAGCAGUUCAAAGUUGUUGCAAAAUACCAAAUAGUCAAGCCAAGGCAGGAAGUCACAUACAUUUGCUUAGAAAAUCUUCUUACAUGUGUGUACAGAAUUACUCAGUAAGUCACGCCCUAACACAGUACACGGCAUGACACAGCACCUCUUAUAUGCUGCUGUCUUUAUUCGACUACACAUGAUCACCGAAUGAAUGCUACGUACACAAAUACAGCGUCUGCACACACACUUAUACGUGAAGUACGAGAUCGGCAGGCGGUCAGCCAUUACUGUUCGCUGAUUGGUGGAAAAAUGCUUAGAAUUAAUUUACAGCUAAAUUGGGUAUAAAAAGGCAAUCAUCUAGGUUUGUUGCCACAAUUAAGGGCAUAGACACCGACCGUGCAACAGUGCAACGUAGACUGUGUUUUUGAUUUCAGAAAUUAACUUUAACUUUAAUCUUUUAUAUAUAAAAACAAAAGUGUUGGAUUUUGGAUUUAUUGAUAUUAUAGACAAUACUUGGCCAUUCUCCGAUGUACUGAAUAUUUAAAAUCAAUUUAAUUCCUUCAAUUAAAUAAUUCAAUAAACAUUAAUUUUACAAGCUAAGCUUGAUCGAGAUUGAGCUGCUCGCUUAUCGUGUACGAUAAAAGCGCAACAAGUGUUUAAAAAUAAAUUAAAAAAGUGUGCGAUAAAUUUAUGAAAUUUGAUAUACGGCAGACAAACUCGCAAAUGCAAUUAAUUAAUUUACAACAAUUUAAUUUUGUGUGCUGUGUGGUCUUUAUGGUCUGGUCUCACUGUCUGGGAUUGAACUGCUGGAAGACAGCAAUUGCCAUCAAUUUUUGAACAAUUGUAUUAAUUGAUUUUGAUUUAAUUUUUACGCGCACUUUGAUUAGUAAAAAUGGAUUAAGUGCCUUACACAUCCACAAAACUGAAACCGAACUGAAUGGAUCCAAUCCAUUAAGCAAAUUGAUAACUCCGAGGAUAUCGAAAAGUGUUGACAUAAUCAAUUAAACUAAUUAAACAGCUUAAGUACGGAAAAGACGAAAUAUUCUGAACUUUUAUUGAAUUAAAUAAUUAAAUUGAUUAAAUUAUAAUUUCAUUUUAUUAUUUGAUUAACAAUUAACCCAAAGAGUUAUUGUUGCUGGUAUUAAAAAUAGUUUAGAUUAAAUUCAGCUGUACAAAUAAUUUAUUAUUCACAAUAAAAAAUAUUUGGUUAAAAAUAUUUUGCGAAAUGGAACAUGCCACGUUUGAUGAUCAAAUUUUUAAUGAUUUUUCUGGACCCCUUAGUCCUUUGGAUGGUUCAAAGACAUUAACAACAAAUGGUAGUACACAUGCAUUGCAUCCAGUAAUGCUGGGCCUACCUAGCGGUGCUGUUGUGCAACAUGUCAACAGCAAUGACAUGUGUACACAACGCUUGCCUGAUUGCAAUACUCUUUUACCCAAUGGUUCGCCAAAACUAGACGCUUACAAACCACAAGACUAUGGUCCAAAGUUAGAUUUCGUGCAUAGUGUUAACAAGAUGGGCUGUUAUUCGCCUACUCAAAAGUACGAAUACAUCUCAUCGCAUAAAUUGGAUGUACAGCACCCACAACAUCAGCAACAUUAUUCGCCACCUCAUGCGCCCACAAUAGCCACACCAAACGGUUUAGUGCAUCACAAGCAAAUGCAACAUUCUGCUGCUAUGCUUAAUGACUAUCAUGCUCACAUCAACAGUAAUGGUAAAAUAGAUUACUCACCGAAUUCCGCUGCUAAAAUUGAAUAUGAUCAUCAUAUGCAACACUUGUAUUCAGGCAGUCCACAUGCAACGCACGAUGUGGCCGUAUUGAAUGGUGAAGUUAAUAAUCAGCAUAGCGGCACAGCUGGUGGUGGUAUGGCAACUCCUGCAAAUGGACUCAUCAAUAUGCCAAAUAAUAAUAACGCCGAUGGUGGUCUCAUAAACGGUAAUGGCGUACUGCCCACAACGACUGCAAGCACUGGUGGCGCUACAAUUGCUGUUACCACAUCGGCAAUGUCAUCCAAACACAAAAAAGCUGAUGAAAUGUGUCAAAUAUCAAAUGGUGAUGCGCACAGCUCAUCGAAUUCAAAUGGUACCAGCAAUGGCAGUGGCGCAGCAUCUGCUAUAGCGAACACAAGCACACCAACAGCAAAGAAAAAUGAUAAGAAGAAAGGCGAUCCGAAUGGAAUCAAAAAAAAGAAAACACGAACAACUUUUACUGCAUAUCAAUUAGAAGAAUUAGAACGUGCAUUCGAACGUGCACCGUAUCCCGAUGUGUUUGCACGUGAAGAACUUGCAAUCAAAUUGAACUUAAGUGAAUCACGUGUACAGGUUUGGUUUCAAAAUCGCCGUGCCAAAUGGCGCAAACAUGAACCACCACGUAAGACAGGCUAUAUUAAGACUAGUACACCGCCAACAUCAACUUUAAAUACUUCUCUGGGUCCACCAUUUGCGACAUUCCCACAAACAACAACAGUUACUCCGCCAGGCAGCAUGGAUAGCUGGACUAGUUAUCAACCUCCUUACGAAUUGAGUCCACAAUUUAGUCUACUCUCACCGGCUGCCAGUCCGUACGGCACCUAUUCGAGUCAAUAUGGCACAUAUGUGCACGAAAGCCAAUUAUUUCCAAUGCGUCACUUCGAAUACGGUAGUCCGCCAAGAAUAGAUAUGAGUGGUGGCGGAAAUGUGGUCGAUGAUGGCACAGCACAUAAAAUGCAUAUGACAGAUACUGGUUAUGCCAGCGGUGGUGGUGGUAGUAUGGACGAUGGCACAGUUUCGCAUAUGAAUGAUGGUACCACCAGUGUCGUAGUGCAACAUCAAACCAACGGCAAGUAUCUCACAGCAGAAGAGGCUAAAUAUGUUAGUGUGACUGCCGUGCCGCAUACAAUGAGUGGCCUAGAGGCAUGUCAUAUGCAAGAUGCACAACAACAUGAAAAUGCGACGGCAAUUCUAAAACAACAUCAAGGUGUUCACUACGGAAAUGGUUCACCAUCGUUAGGAAACAGCAAUCAUCAUGAUGAUGCUUCACCAAAUGAAGCAGUCAGCUUGCAGACAGUUAUCAAAAAUGAGGAUCAUGUCCAAAGCGGUACUGCCAAUGUUACCCACAGUUAUGUCUUGCCGCCUUUUUUGCACUAAGGGAAAUGCUCUCACACCGUAAGCAGCCAAUGCGUUUAGGUAGUACCACAUUAAACGAGGCAAAUCGUCGACGCUUGCAAAGACGUGAAAUUUUGAAUGGAAUAAACGCACAAAAAACAAUUCGGAGACCAUUUUGAGGACUGUCAUUUUGUUCUGGACGGUCAGCUGCUUGCUAGUCUUAACGAAUAGAUCCAUUAGGCGUGUAGAGCAUUUCAGGUUAAUAUAGUUAAAUAUUCUUUGAUAUUUUUUUUAAUUUAUUAUUAUUAUUAUUAUUUUUUAUAUUACUUAAAGUUAGUUUAAAAAAAGUUCCUUGUAGAUUUUGUAUACUAGUAUAUCUAUUUAACGUUAAAUACUUUAAGAACUCUUGGUUUUAUGAGUUAAUAAAUCAACAAAAUCCAACGUCUUGCCAAUGGUAAUAAUAAUAUGUGUGUGUAUUAUGUCUGCAGUCUUUUUUAUAAUUUAGUGUAAUUCUAAUUUAUGUGAAACUUUUUUAUUAAAAAAAAAUUAUAUGUAUCAAAUUGAUUUAGUUCUCAAGUCAUUUUAAUUUAGUGUUAAGUUUUAAAUAUGUAAUAAAUUUAAUAUUAUAGAUUAAGUUAAUAAAAUUCAGUUUAUAGUCUAAAAUUUUUGUAAUUAAUAAAAAGUCUCAAUGUUAUUGAAUUGCACUCCAUUAGUUUUAAAUAACAUUUUAUUUGUAAAUAAUUUGUAUUAACAAAUUUGCAUUCUACAAUGUGCCUUAAAAAUAUAUAAAAAUAACUAAAGAGCUCAUUAGCUUUCUAGCGUAGAAAAAUUAAAAAUAUUUGUAUAAAUUUCUUAAUAAAUAAUUUGAUAACAUUAUUGUAAUUAAACUGUUGUGAGGUGACAAUAAAUUUUAAUUUUACUAUUCAUUUGUAGGGUCUACAAUGAAUUCAGUUUUAUUUAAAUAAUUAAUUAACUAAGAAUUA